GCGCAAUUGUGCUCUCCGCAUUAGUGUUCCUGCCUCCCCUCCCAACAGGUAAGUCGGGGAGGGGGGCGGCAUUGAAGGAGACGCGUCAGGCGGCCCUUAGGUAAGAAUCAGCGCUGAGUAUAACAGUACCUUAUUAGCAGGUUCAUGCAGCCAUUACACAACAAACCACACUUGUGUUGCUCCCCAACUUAUUUUUACGUUUAAUGUGGCUCACUGGUAAAAAAAAAAAAAAGGCUGGGGACCCCUGAAUUAGUCUAUUGGUGUUUUUUUGGGGGACAGAAAAUAUGGCGCUGGGAGAAUAGAGGAAAGAGGCUGGCAUCAGUCAGGUCUCUCAGAGUGUUUACUUUAGAAAUACUUUGUAUACAUACAGGAGACGCACAAGUUGAGUAAUGGACAUACAGAGCUGGGAUAAGAAAUAGUUAUAAUGCAGGUAAUACAGUAACAGGCUUAUGUAAAUAAGUAGCUAGUGCUGUGUAGUAGAAUAUGUGAGUGGGGGCAAUAACAUGGGAUGAAGGAUGGACUCAAAGCUAACACUGAAGUGAUUGCAGCUCGAGACUCUACAGUGAGCGGGAAACGAGAGAGAGGGCAGCAAGGAUACAGGACACAGGGGAUGUGAAGCAAUCAUUGCUCCGCCUGCCAAUCACAGCCGGUCCCUCCCCAGCCGCUCUAAAACACACUCACAGACAGACUUCAUGCAAGGAGCUUGCCGGCCGCUACCCUGCAGGUGAGAGGACACACAGCACCCUGUCUGGAUCCCCAGCUAAAAAGAUGGAACCGGAAAGUUACCUGAAUAUGGAUGAGUUGGAUGACGAUGUGUUUUAUCCUGAUGACUUUGGAUACUCAGAUCAGACCAUGACUUCCUCCACAGUGUUCAACCAGAGCCAGUCCUACACGUGCCUGCUGGGCCGCUUUCACCUCUUCCCACUUUCUCACUGUUGUGGCCCUGGAUUCAGGGGCGCAGACUACGAGGACAAGGCUACACAGACUCUGGGGUCACCUUCCAUCAGCCAGGACAUCAUGCUACCAUGUGGGGUGUCUGAAACCCCUCAAAGACUUUUUUAUGAACUGAGGGGUUUCUUUCUUUGUGUUCCAGGACAUGCAGGAUACCUCUUAUACCUCCCUCUGAAUUCUCCCGCUCGUUUCGGAGAAGAUGUAGAGAACCAGAGGCAGGAACAGAGCGCAGAGCAUCGGAUCGCCCGCAAACUACAGUGUAUUGGAGACCAGUUUCACAGGUUUCAUCUGCACAGAUGGUAUUUCACAGGCAGGAUCAUGGUACAUUCAUGGGCACACACAGAUCUGUACCCCCAACCAUGCUGGAUUAUUUUUGGCCUUUGGAAAGGAAGCUUCAACAGAACCGAAAUCAAUUUUGGUCUCAGAUCUUAAUCUUCUUCCGCAACCUGGUAAUGCAUCCAGAGGGGAAUAGAGCCGGGCUGGGUCAAAGGUGAGAAUUGAUGCAGAAAUGGAAAACUACACAUGAUCUGGCACAGGCUCCAGGAAAAGACCCCAGAACUGUCAUCAGUAUCUUUUCCAGUAACGCUGUCUUACAACGGCAGGGAAUUCUGUUUAAACACUGUAUAGGGUAUCCAAUAACCAGAUUAUAGAAGCAGUUUAGUAGGUUAUUGAACUCAAGUACAUUUCAUGGAAUGAUAAGGUAUGUGUGUAUUUCACAUAGAAAAAAUACAGCAAAUAUCUAUCAUCUGGACUUUCAUAUUGACUUCAUGCAAAGUAAGAGAAGCUGGAAGUUUGAUAGGUGCUGCACAAAGAUGGCAUCCGUACAUCUCGUAAUAGUAAGAAAACCAAAAGUCUUUGGGGUUUGAAACAAUUAAAAGGUUCAUAAAUACCUUAAAGGGAAAGAGGAAUUUAAUCUGUCUGUGAUUUCUGUUCUGGGCAAUAACUAUGUUUCUUCUGAGAGGAGCAUCCAUCAUUAAUGCAAAAUGCAGCAUUGUGAUGCAUGAACAUAAUCAAGGAGCAAAAUGUCAUUUAAAUAGUGUUUGAGAGAUUUUGAGUUUUAUUUUAUAUGAGCCAUGCUCAUUUUACACAUGGGUCCUGACCUUUUCGUUUAAACGUAGCAAGCAUGGGACAGAACGACAGAUUAUCCCUACACAGACUGAAAACUAAGUCACUUCCCAUGUUUUGUAUGUUAGCCCCAUUUAGUCCAGAAAGAAAAGAAAAUAUUUGAAUUCAUCAUUAAUCGUUUUCCUUAGAGAAUAUUGUUGCCUGUAAUAGGAGAACAAGGAUGUGUUGCACCUGUGAGUUUGUCCAGAGGAAAACGCUGACAUUCCCCAGAGAGAAAAUUGUUGUCCCAUGAAAGUUGCCAGCAUAAUUUAGUUGUAGUAUGUAGCCAGGUCCUGUCCCCCAGCGCUCUUUGGAUGAUAGCAACCUCCUGACUUAAAUCGACUAGCAGGUGUUUGUCUCUUUGCACUCAACAUCUUACUGCUGGUUAUCUGUUGGACUUAACACCAGCACAGUACCUUUAAUGUAUAGAAGAACAUUGAUAACACCAUCUGUUAAGGGACAAUUUAAUCAUUUAUGUGGCCAUCUGUUCAUUGCGACUACUGAUAAAGCCCCCAUUUUUUUUUUAUUUUUUGUAUACUUUAACUACGUACCUCACACAUACAUGCCAAACUGGACUAAUGGCAGAUUGGGUGUCUUAAAGGGACAGUGUGUGGUUUUGUGUUAUGAGAUGGAAGCCACAGGCCCAAUGGAGAUCAUGACACCAGAACCAAAAUAUUCUGACCUAUCUCACCCAAUUUUCUCAAUUUCCUCACUUUCUCUUCCUUUACCAUUCAACUCCACCCAUCUUUCAUAAUUCUGGUCUCUUUUAUUUUUAUUUACACUCUUUUCAUCUCUACCUUGUUUGCUCUACCAUUCUCUUCUCUAUUUUCCUAGCUUCCACACUCUCACCUUGCCUAACACUGGCUUGCACAUGCACCAUUCUCCCAAUCUUCUACUUUUAUUAGUAGUUCUUACAGUCCUUGGGUGGAUAAGUACUCACUGUCCUCAUGAGGAGAAUCCCUAGUUACAUUAAUAGUCAUUCUGGCCCUGAAUUAUAAUGCUACAUUGAGAGUAGAAGUGGGUACAAGUAAAGUUAAGGUCAGGAAAGUAGUUAGUUGGUCAGUAAGAAAAACAGAUUCAUGAGAGAUUGUGGAAGAAGAAUAAAGAAUAACGAGACAGUAUAGGAGGAAGUGAAAAUUGAAAUCUAUGUAGCUUAUGGUUAAUUUUAUAGUCUUAACUCUCUAAGAAUCUGAAAGAUCAGUUUUUAAUUUGAUUAAAUUACAGAAAUAUGAAAUAUUUAACUCAAGACAGCAACAUAACUGUAGACUAUUCUUUCUAUGUUUCUCAAGCUUUUGUCUUGCCUAAGUUAACAUCCCCUCUACAGAUUUUCAUACCGUCCCCCCUAGCCUUUAUAUUAGUAAUAAUCCCUUUCAAGAAGCUAGCAGAAGGCUUGACCUGGCAGUCCUUAGCGUGGAUACAUGCAGCAUGCUGACGGCAUGACCAACCAAACAGAGCUGUAAACUAAAUUCUCUCUUACUCUAUUUAAUGAGGUUUUCAUAUCCUUAAAACUAUUUCAUCAGUGUUGUUCUGCAUGUAGUUCUGCAGGAACACUGACCCUUUAAUGGCAUGUCUUGGGUCAGGAUAAUUUAAGACAGCCAAAGCAAUUUUACAGUUGCACAUUAGGCAGGACAUCCUGUUUUCCUUGUAUAUUUACAUACAGAUAGUCUUUAAUACUGUAUGUAUUUCUGGGAUGUGAAAAAGUCAUUAUCAUCAUGACCUUGCAGAAUUCCAAGAUUACAAUCGUUUUUCCGCUAUCAGGAUUUAACGGACCUGCCCUAUCUCCAAUCUUUUACCAGAUCUUUUUAGCCCAAGACAGAAAGUUCUCUUUACCCCAACCAAGGCAUCUAAUAAGAUGACUGUAUUAGCUUCACUAGCUGUUUGUGAAUGAUUUGCAAAUGUUAAUAAAUCAGGGUUACCCAAUCCUUUUUCCAACCCUGUUAUGUUUAAUUUUUAAUUUACAGUCAUUUUUCAAAGAACAACACUCAAGUUCUCUGUAAAGGAUGAUUGUAAGAAGAGGUCAAACUCUUCUUACAAUUAUCCUUUACCGAGUUAAAAGGCUUCACUGGACGGAAGAGUAAGAAUUGGUCUAAAACUGCGAGUGAAUCCGAAACAUAAUGAAAGGCCACUCCAUUUCUCUAUUACUGUUCUCGCUUAUUACAUUAUAAAGUUAUUCUAACUGGUUGUGAAUGAUGUGGGAGGUCCAAAGUUACAAAGCACCAAUCAAAAUCAGUCUCCUUUGCAUGUCACUGACAUGAUAUUUUAUUCUCUUUUCAACAGUGGGAGAAAGUAAGCACAGUUGUUGCAAAUUAUGCAUUUAUUUAUCUGUUGGAAUUAGUAUCCUGUAAAUUCAGCUUGCAUAGGAAAUUGUGUGCAUGCACCCUAGUAACGGAACUGUUUGGAUCCAAUCUGAACAAUGUUUUGCUUCUCUGCCUAGCUGACCAGACAAUACCCAGUUCACCUGCCACUGUUUCCUGCAGUUGUUAAAUUCUGAGCCAGAUUAUGUUGUGUUGUUAUGAUUUUAUUUUUGCUAGAAGGUUAUAUGCUGGGAGGCUUUUUUUUUAGUAUUAACCCGACACCCUUUUUGUGAAUAAGUACUUCCUUACUCGUCCCUUGAGUCUGUAACCUCCAAACCUUUUGUUACGAUAUUUUUGAUUAAUGUUUUCCUCUUGUAUAUUGGUUACUAUGCAUUUGGAAUUUUCUCAUGUAUAGUAUAGGUUAUCAAACUGCACACUAUCUCUGGCUUAAGAAACAAGGUCACCUGAAUAGUGCAAAAUAUGUUCUGAAAGCAUUAUCUGUAUGUGACAUGCACUGGACUCCACCUGUGAAUUACACUGAUAUGCCCAGUCAGUAAGAGAUUUCAUUUUUAUGGCUAUUGCAGCAUGUGAAGGGAAUCAACAUUGUUAGCGUUACUCAAAACAUUGCUCCUUGUGAGCCACAUGAAGAACAAAAGUUGUGAUCCUCUUGCUGGCUAUACACUGCCCAGUACUUAUUGGUGUCCGACUGAUCAGCCAAAUGGAUGGGUAUAAUAUGAGUGGCCUUCCUGGUAUGGACAAAUAAUAUGCAAGUUGACCUAAAACCCAUGGGUUUACCCAGUUUGGGUUGAAAUUUGGGCAACGAUUGCAGGUCAGACUGUGGGGAAUACACUCCUCCGCUGCUUCUGAAGAUUCCCUGUCUUGGAACCAGAUGUAGCGUAGUUUUUCAUGACCUGCACAUUUAUAGUAUGGAUGUCUUUCUAUAGUUCCAUUCUAUUGUGGCUCUUAAUUUCCUCAUUUACUAAAGCAACAUGCAUUGCCCAGCAUGAUGUCCAACUGACAGAUAUCCAUAGUAUAUAUAUCCGUCCAACAAACACAUACUGAACCGUGUACCCAAUUAUUUUAUCAGCAAACAUAUAGCAAGCUUUACUGAGUAGAGCUGGAACCAGAAGGAAAUAAGUAGGCAUGUGUGCUUGCAGCUGUAGCACAGCUCUACAUGUCAUUUCCAACUAGCUGCCACUGCUGUUAGUAUUGCGCUGGCCAUUCCUUCUGUCAAGAUUACAACUUUUCUUGUUUAUGCAUCUAAAAUAAUUUUAUUAUUAAAAGCGUAAAGAAAAAUAUUAAAUAUCUUUUGGUUUGAGGUAUAUGAACACCGUCUGCACUAGUGCAAACGUUUAGACCCCCGUUUAAUUGAUGGUUCGGGAAUCAAAGCUGAUUCCUUUACUUAAUCUCAUCCCAAAAAAAGGUAACCGAGCCGUCCAGCAGGAAGACUCUGCUUAAAGAUAAUAGCGUCUUUCUUGGCAUGAAAAAAAAAUGUCUUUUUAAGUGGUUUAGUACAUAAUGCAACAAAGAGGUUACAUUUCAUGAUGUACAUUUUGUUACUGUAAAUACAGUCCAUUCUUGUUUAGUAAUUGUAUCUGAUAUUUACAAUGUUCCAGGCUAAGAGCAAUGACACAUGGGCCAUUUUGAUUAUCCCCACUUUCCGUGGGAAUCUCCUUGGGAUGUGCUGAGUACAAUGUAAAUACAGUGAUUAGCCCAGCGGUUCAUGAUUAUAGCCGGAUAACUCAUCAUUGCUUUUCUUGAAUGACCAUUAUGGUGAUUCCUACUUUCAUGGGGAAGUGGUGAUGACCAGAAGUCCAAUGUAUCAUUGCCUGGGAGACGAUUAAAACUGUGUUUCUGUUGUGCAUUCUGCAUCACCUCACAUAUUUGGGAUGCACCAAAUCCAGGAUUUGGUUCUGUAUUCGGCCAGGAUUCAGUCUUUUUCAGCAGCAUUCGGAUUCUGCUGUUUUCUUGUGCCUAGCUGAAACGAAUUAGUGUGAAAUCGUGUGACUUUUUGUCACACAAUCAAGGUAGAAAAAAAUGUUUUCUCUUGCACCAUUCUCUUCCCCUAAUUUGUAUAUGGGAUUUGGAUUUGGUUCGGUCCUUUAUUUUGGGAUUCAGCCGAAUCUCAAAUCCAUUGUGAAAGAUUCGGCCGAAUCCCAAAAUAGUGGAUUUGGUGUAUCCCUAUUAGAAAUGCAAUUUGUGUUGCCAUGACAAGGCAUAAAGGGGUUGUAAACCCCAAAAUAAUAUCUUGCCUGAUGAAAGAUUUAAAAAUCUCAUUGUUUAAUCUGCACCAGUGGUGUUGCUGUCUAAGGGAAAACUGUCCAUGUUAUAAUCAGGAGAAAGCGGUCACCACAAUAUAAAAAAAUCUUAUUUCUUCAUAAGGGUUAAUAGGACUCAUUUCUUUAUGACUUAUGCCCAUGUCCCCUAGUAAAUGACCAUGUUAUGGCCAAGACGUAAGUGAUCUGUGCACAGGCUUUAAUACUCUUGACAGUCAAUAAGCCCUAAUACAUUCUAGUUCCAGGACGGUAAAAACAACAAAUACUUGCCUAAAAAUUCCAUAUAAACAUGAAGAAUUUAGAUUAAAUGGUAAGAAAAUAUUUAAAUUUUCAGCACCAAUCACUGCUCAGUAUCAGUAAGAGUAUGGCUUUAUUUGUAGAGAUACAGCUAGCAGACUUGCCAGGACCUGUUGGAGUGAAACUGCUGCUGAAAUAACUCUAUGUUCAAAAACCCUGUAGUAAAUAAAUAUGUAAAACAUUAGCGUGCCGGGGAGAAAGGGCUUGCUCACUCUGAUUCAUUUGUAGGCGUUUUCUUUGAUUUUACUGGUAUAAAGAAGAAAAACAUUGGCUAUUUUGACGUCAAGGACCUAGAUUGGCCUGGGAGAGAUAAAUACAGUGAAAUCAUGGCUUUGUCCAGCUGUAAAUUAGACCCAGAUGGCAGUUAGCUGUACUGACCGAAGAAUUCUGACAGUAAGCUCUAGAAACAUUUAUACAAUGGCUGGUUUCUUCUCCAGUCAAAAUAUAUAAUAGACGUGCAGCACUGGGACAGUCCAGCUAUUGGUGGCCGUUAUACUAAUUUUAUAGAUUGUGUUUAAUGGUCACGUUUCUGUAUAAACUGAAAGGGCAAACUUCCUAACACCAGUGUGGUUACCCAUAGCAACCAACCAUCAAUUCAGUUUUGCUGUAGCAAGAGUAAUGGAAGUUACAGUAAUUAGUUCCUAACCAUUAUGGGGCCCAUUUACUUAGUUCGAGUGAAGGAAAAGAAUAAGGAAAACUUCGAAUUUUGAAUGAUUUUUUUGGCUACUUCGACCAUCAAAUUGGCUACUUCGAUCUUCGACUACGAAUUUGAAUCGAACGAUUCGAACUAAAAAUCGCUUGACUAUUCGACCAUUCGAUAGUCGAAGUACUGUCUCUUUAAAAAAAAAACUUCAACCCCCUAGUUGGCCAUCUAAAACCUACUGAAGUCAAUGUUAGCCUAUAGGGAAGGUCCCCAUAGGCUUUGCUAUCUUUUUUAGGUCGAAGAAAAAUCGUUCGAUCGAUGGAUUAAAAUCCGUUCGAUCGAACGAAUUGCGGUAAAUAUUCAACCAUAAGUAAAUUUGCCCCUAUGUGUGUGUGUUUGAGAUAGGGACCUUAGAUUGUCAGCUCCACUGGCGCAGGGACUAAUGUGCAUGAUCUAUAAGCACAGUGCAGUAAAGAAUACUAGUAAUCCUUGAUUGCUAUUGAUGACUACAGCGUAAUAGAACUGCCCAGUGUUUGUAAAUGAACCCCACAGAGAGGAAUGAGUUUAACGCGAUGCAUCACUUAAUUUGGGGAGUCGUUCAUUACUAUCCUUGGGUUCACGCUGAAAAUUGAGCAUACAGCAAAAUCCGACCCCCUAAAACGUUUGCGCAAAGUUAAAGAAUAUUGGAAGUUAUCCCACAGCAACAGCUUGAGAGUUACAUAGUAUAAAUUGCCCUGCUAGAGCACUAGCAGCACAGAGAUGCAUGUAUUGAUGGAUGUUCAACUGUACAUAUUAAAGCAGAUAAUCUGAUACCACUCCUGGUGGGUGCGGAGAGCUUUUACUGUAAAUAAAUCCAACGUUUAACUGUAAUUAAUCUGUCAUUACCAAAGAAAAUUACCGAAUGCUUUGUGAGAUGGCAAUCCUCUUCACACCUCAGUGCCUUAGAUUGAAAUUGUAUUUGUCGUUUAUUUUCUGCUUUGUGAUCGUAAGUUGUCUGCAACACUGGAUUGUUCUGACAUGCACAUUCUCACUUUUACCAUGAGAGGAGAGAGACCCAGUGAUCAUGUAGCAAUGCAUUAACCGCUUCUGCCCUGGGACUUCGUUCUGAAUCGUAGGAGGAAUUCUCAAAUGCAGCCUUCUGAGGCCUCACAAACAGCACCCAGUGGCUCUACCACCCACCCUCUUAAUAAGGACAAUCUAGAAAUGGGCCCUGUUGGUGGGGCCUGAGACCUGGAGCUGAGAAUAACCAUUAUAUUGUUUUGGAUGAAUCGAAAGUUCCAGGGUAGACUGGUUAAUUCUGUGUGCAAUCAGGACAUCCACUGCUUGGGUAAUAGUGCAUUAUAUCUGUACAUUAUUGUAUGUAUAUUUAGUUGUAUUCACUGUCCUCUUGUGUUUUUAAUAUCCUUACUGGUACUGUUUGUAAUAAAAAUAAAAAAAACCUGCAA